UCGUAUGAACGGUUUGUUGUCAGACGGACGGCUAGAUGCGCUAGAACUAGUGAUAGUUUUAACGUGUGAUCUCAUAUCUUAUGUACUGGAGGUUUCUGAAGCCAUGGACAGCAGAACACCAUUGGCAGCCCUGUAUCUCUCUGGAGAUGUGGAUUUCUCAAAACUCACUCCUUCACAAUUUGGCAUAUCAACAAACAGCUUCUUGCCGUCCUCCAAGAUUAAAGAUAAAUCCAGAGUCGCUCAGCUGAAGGCCAGGAGGAGAUCCACGAUUGGGGUCCGGGGAUCUCCAGAAACAAACUCCCUCAUCUGCUUCAGAGCCAAACAAGCUGCAAAAACUCCUCCACGAACACCACAGCUUUUGCAGGGGAGUCCAUUUCUUUCACGCUGUGACUCUCUGAAGAAGAAGAUGGCUGCUUUCCAGUGUCUGAUGGAGGAGGUCGAAGAGAAGGAUGAACAGAAGAUAAAUGAGGAGAAUGAGAGUGAUAAAAGCACUUUGGCUAAAGAUGGAAAGGAGAACACGCUGAUUACACACAGCCCACCAACUUCGAUGACGCCGCCUCCCUCAAAGAAACGCUGCCGGGCCCCACUGAGAGAGUGUGAGGACAAGAUUACUGAGAAGCCACUCCCCUACCCAACCUUCACAACACAACAGGAGCAAGAGUUGAAAUGCAUCGAGUCUCAAAGCCAGAGGCCUCUUUCAGACUUGGAUUCGGAUGCAAAGAAUGAGCUUCUGUCUUUACCCAUGCUGUCAUUAAAACCAGACAUUAAACCAGCAGAUGAGAACGUGGUAUCUUCUGUACGCAAGAAGUGUGUUCGUUUUGGGGCCCCGCUCUCUCCAGAGUUCUUUGACAAAUCUCUCCCUCCCAGUACCCCACUACAGAAAGGAGGCACCCCAAAGUAUCCUCUGUCAUCUACGGGCCCUAAACGCUCUCUGCUGAAGACCCCUCAACGGUCUGAUCCUCUUCCCCAACCUGACUUCAGUAGUCCUCAAAGCAAUGGAGCCUCUCCUGUCCUGGUUAUUGACAGACACAAUGCUGGACUGGUGUAUAGUGAUGAAGUAUUUGAAGAGAUCGAGAAGAUCAGUUUUCCCAGUAUGGAGGACGAGUCUCCCUCAAACAAACCUUCUGAGGACGGCAAAGAUGCACUCUCUGCUGAGGACCCAGGGCAGCCCCAGGCUGAAGAUGUUGAAGUUAUGAACGCUGCUUUUCAAGAGGAAGAGGAUGUACCAUUAAAUUCUCAGACGGAGGAAAAACUAGCAUGCCCCACUGGUGAUCAGCCACUGGCUCUCUCCGUAGAGGAUGACCAGGAGUCUUCUGCUAGCUCUGAACAGACACUUUCAUGUAACUCCAGCAUUGAACCAACUCGCGCUCGCUGUAGAAAAAGAAAGCAACCAGGGGAGAAUGAGCCUGAGAAGAGGAGAAGCUCGCGUACGGCGGCAGCUUCUGCUUCAGGAAAGAUGAAGAAGAUGUCUGGAGUGCAAAGACGAUUUGGUAAUAAGGAGGUGAAUCGUUCUCUGUAUGGGAAAAGAGACUAUGCCUCAAAAAACCCUCUUCUCAGCCCUAUAUUUGAGAUGAUGUCUACCAGUCUCAACAGCACGCCUCAAUCAGGAAAACAAAUAGAUGGGACUCCCAGUGUUCCCCAAAGCAAGAUUCGUCCCACAGUAAGUCUGGAUACUACCUGUACACAGACCAAUGAAAACGAGCAGAUGUUGAGCUCCAUUGUGGGCAUGGCUUGUGUGGAAGCCUCAGUUGGAGCUCAGGAUCCUGCAGAAAGACGAAACUCGGCGUCAAAGGCUUCCAAAGCCAAACGUGAAUCAGGGAGGCCCGUGCGCAAACGUCGUAGCUCAUGCACAGACAAAAGAAAGGAGCUUGGCAGUCUAGCUAUUAGCGGUGAAACUGGGGAACAAGAUACUGAGAACCAAAAGCCACCUGGAUGUACCUUAAUGUACCGAGACAGUCCAGUGCAUCAUGAAACCGAGUGCUCCGAGAACCAAGAAGCUGAGGCUGUAAUAAGCUGCGUGCUACCAAAUGGAGACUCCAUGAACAUUGAGAGCUUGGAGCAGAAGAUGCGAAAGAAUAAAAAACAUGGACUGGUCCAAAAGGCGCUGGAAAGCCCUCGUGGAAAGCUAGUUGAGAGUGGUCAGUCAGAGCGAGUUACUGAUGAGAGCAACACUGGACCCCCUGAGCCUAGUCUGGCCCCCUGGCAGCAGGCGGACUUCAACAUCGACGACAUCCUGAAACCUGUGGCGAAGAGUCGGGGUUCUGUGCGACGCAGCCUGAGGAACCGGAGGAGCGUGGACCUUCAAGCUGUGGGCCUGGCCUGGGUGGAUCACACUUCUCCGGAGCCGAGUAAAGCGAGCCGGAGGAAGACGCGGGGAAGACUCAGCGGAGUUUCUGAGCCUCUUCUCUCUCAGGCCUCUGAGGAACCAGCACCAAACUCACCUCAAUCAUUUGUGUGUCAGUUAGCCGUUUAAUUACUCUCAAAUGAGCUUAGGAUAAAAUACUGCUCUGUUCUCUGGUGUAAUGUUUUAAAUUUCUUUUGUUGUUGUUUUUUUUUUAUAGAAUUUUAGUGUCCAUGGAUGAAAGAAGAUUGUAUUAUUGUUAGAUUACUUCUGCUCAUUAAAUCUUCUCUUGGGUGAA